CUACCCGCCAUUUUCAGCCACACAAAACCCUCUCCUUCCCCUUUAAACUCCUCUCCUCCCCUUCCGAUUAAACUCCCCAAACGCAGAGAAAUCCCCUCCCGCAGAGUAGAGAAGAAAAGGGUUCUGCCUUAAAAUGGCCGCCGUCACCUCCGCCGCCGUCGCCGUCCCCUCAUUCACAGGCCUCAAGGCAGCCUCCAAGCCCGCCGCCGUGGCCGCUAGGAUCCCUGCCCCAUCCUCCGCCGCCCCUAGGCUCGCCGUCCGGGCGUCACUCAGGGACGCGGUCGGGGCCGCCGUCGUGGCCACCGCCGCCUCCGCAGCCCUCGCCGCCGGAAACGCCUCGGCCUUAACGGUGCUGCUCGGCAGCGGCGACGGGGGCCUCGUGUUCGAGCCCAGGGAGUUCUCGGUCGCCCCGGGCGAGAAGAUCGAGUUCAAGAACAACGCCGGGUUCCCUCACAACGUGGUGUUCGACGAGGACGAGGUGCCCCCCGGCGUCGAUGCAGGCAAGAUCUCCAUGCCGGAGGAGGACCUGCUCAACGCCCCCGGUGAGGUCUACUCCGUCACCCUGACGGAGAAAGGGGACUACAAAUUCUACUGCGCUCCCCACCAAGGGGCCGGCAUGGUCGGGAAAGUCACCGUCAAUUAAUUUCAUCAGCUUCCGCUUGCUGAAUGUUUGGACACUUUUUUUUUCCCCGCUUAAUAAAGUUAGAGCUUCAUCGUGUAAGAUGUGUAUAAUGCCUUGGCGGACAAGAGAAUGUAUGAAACCGAAUGGCUUCCUGUUCAUCUCGCA